AAUCCUCCAAUGGAAACUCAACUCCUCCAGCCCAAUAAUCCAGGUUACUGCAAAAACCAUAUGAAGGGAGCAAAUAAUGGGAUGACAUUCUGGUCCGUAUUAUUUUCUGUGCUUCUAUGAGAGAGGCUGUGAACCGCGAUGGACACCCCAUCUCAGAAGAGGGCCACACGGAGUGGGGCGGGUGGCACCCCACUCUCUCCCACCCGCAUCACCCGCCUGCAGGAGAAGGAGGACCUGCAGGAGCUCAAUGACCGGCUGGCCGUCUACAUUGACCGGGUGCGCUCGCUGGAAUUGGAAAAUGCCGGUCUCCGGCUGCGCAUCCCCACCCCUGAUGAGGCAUCAAGCAUCAAAGUGGCCUACGAAUCGGAGCUGGCGGAUGCCCGCAAGACCUUGGAUUCCGUGGCCAAGGAGAGGGCACGACUGCAGCUGGAGCUGAGCAAAGUGCGGGAGGAGUUCAAGGAGCUGAAGGCACGGAAUGGCAAGAAGGAAAGGGACCUGCUGGCCACUCAGGCUCGCCUCAAGGAUCUGGAGGCCCUGCUCAACUCCAAAGAGGCCGCGCUCACCACCGCCCUGGGGGAGAAGAGGAACCUGGAGAAUGAAAUCCGGGAGUUGAGGGCGCAAGUGGACAAGCUGGAAGCCGCCCUGGGCGAGGUGAAGCAGCAGCUGCAGGACGAGAUGCUGCGUCGGGUGGACGCCGAGAACCGUCUGCAGACGCUGAAGGAAGAACUCGACUUCCAGAAGAACAUUUACAAAGAGGAACAGAACAAGGCCAAGCGUCGCCACGAGACCCGCUUGGUGGAGAUCGACUACAGCCGCCAGCGGGAAUUUGAGAGCAAACAGGCCGACGCCCUCCAGGACCUGCGGGCCCAGCACGAAGAGGAGAUCAAGCGGUACAAGGAGGAGCUGGAGAAGACCUACCGAUCCCAGCUGGAGGACGCCAAGCAGUCGGCGGAGAGGAACAGCAGCAUGGUGGGCGCCGCCCACGAAGAAUUGCAGCAGUCGAGGAUCCGCAUCGACAGCCUCUCGGCCCAGCUCAGCCAGCUGCAGAAGCAGCUGGCUGCCAAGGAGUCGCAGCUGCGGGACCUGGAGGACGCGCUGGCCCAGGAGCGGGAGACCAGCAGACACAUCCUGUCCGACAAGGAGCGGGAGAUGGCGGACAUGCGGGCCAGGAUGCAGCAGCAGCUGGACGAGUACCAGGAUCUGCUGGACAUCAAGCUGGCCCUGGACAUGGAGAUCCACGCCUACCGCAAGCUGCUGGAGGGAGAGGAGGAGAGGCUGAAGCUGUCUCCAAGCCCCACCUCCCAGAAGCGGGGCUCCAGGAUCCACGUGAGCCACUCCACCACGCCGGGCUCCUCCAAGAAGAGGAAGCUGGAGGACGGGGAGCGCUGGACGAGCCUCUUCCAACAUGCGAGGACCAGCGGCCGCGUGGCCGUGGAAGAGGUUGAUCUGGAAGGGAAAUUUGUCCGUCUCAGGAACAAGUCCAACGAGGACCAGGCGAUGGGGAGCUGGCAGAUCAAGCGUCAGAAUGGAGAGGAGGCCCCGAUCAGCUACCGCUUCCCUCCCAAGUUCACCCUGAAGGCCGGCCAGAUGGUCACGAUCUGGGCCUCCGGAGCUGGCGCCACCCACAGCCCUCCCACUGACAUGGUGUGGAAGGCCCAGAGCUCCUGGGGCUCUGGAGACAGCCUGCGUACCGCCCUGAUCAACUCCAGCGGAGAGGAGGUGGCCAUGAGGAAGCUGGUGCACACGGUGAUGAUCAGUGAUGAGGAGGAUGGAGGCAGCGUCCGCCCCCAUGCGCACUGCAGUGGCACAGGUGAUCCUGGGGAGUCGAAUCUGCGCCCCCGCACUGUGGUGUGCCGCACCUGCGGCCAGACGGGAGUGAAAGCCAGCGGGGGCCAGAACACCGCGGCCGGCUUCAAGUCUCCAGAAGCGUCCACCUCUAAUGUCACCAUCACCUUUGGGGGCACUGGCGGGGGCAGUGGUGGCGGCCUUGGAGAAAAGCCAAUGACCAGGUCCUGCAUCCUGGGAAAUUCUGACCCGCAAAAGGAUCCGCAACUGUGCAACAUCAUGUAACCAGUAGAGGGCGCUCUCCUCGCCUGCAACCUGCCGUAUCAUGCAAUUUUUUCCCCCAAUGCACGAGAACC